UAGGGACGCGGAGGAAGUGAAGCUGAAGCUGAAGAUGGAGGUAGACGAGAGCGGCGCCGGGAUGGACGGAGCGGACACGGAGUAUAAUACAUACGAAGACUUUUUGGACUCUCAGAUCACCCCUCUCGACCUGUACUAUCUGGAGGAUGAAGUUCUGGCCCGCCAACUUGUGGAACUGGGCUACCGAGGAAGUGGAGAGGUGCUGAAAAGAGAAGAGUUUGAAGCAAGGAAGGCAGCCGCAGAAGCUUCUCGGCUCUCCCAACGAACUCAACAAAAGAUAUUGUCAAGUGCAGGAAAAGACCUGAAAGAUAAUUUCCUGAAAGCAUUAGCCUUGAGGGAAGAAGCAAAUCGCAACGGGAAGAUGACUUCUAUCAUUUUUAUACGAGAUAAAAAUGUACGUGGGCAGGAGUUGUCAGGAUAUAUCGAUUAUUCUCACCGCCUAAAGACGGAGGAUUUUGAAAUCUACUUCAGUGGCAAAAAGAAACUUCUACCACGGCCUACAGAUUUAAGCUUUUACAACUGGGAGACCAAUGUUUCAACUUCAAACGCAAGUCCAAAUUACCAAGUGAUUGCUGAAAAUUCAUCCGGAUUACUGUUCAAAAAUAAGAGGGACAGGAAAAUACUAAACGUGGAUCCUAAGGUCUCCCCUGGAGAUAACUCAACAAGGACUCCUAUCCAAACCGAUCUUUACACACAAGUUGUCAUCUAUGAUCAUGUUACACGUCGUAAAACCUAAGUUUCAAACUGAACCAAGUGGACAACAUUACUGUAAUAAGUGAAAUAAAGAUCUUUCUUGUUCCAAUGUC